GGUGGCGUUGUGCCUGUGCGGAUACGGGGGUGUCGUGUUUUGGUUUUUAGGCUUUAACUCCGUGUGAUUUUAAACUUGGCUGAAACUGUAGCUGGAUUUUUGUACGAAUGCGGGGCGAAGAGUCGUCGGAUUCUGAGUCGGGAAGGAUGGAGGAGAGUUCAAUCCGGAGGAGUUUGGAGACGUUGUGUCAGGAGCUGAACAUGGACGAGCAGACUGCUGCUGAAGCCAUGGAGAACUUCACUGCCAUAUGGAAUACAUACACACUGGAGGGCGAGGUGGUCCACUGGUUGGCCUGUUCGCUGUAUGCAGCCUGCAGGAAGGGAUCCACUCCCACAGUGGGGAAAGGUUUGAUGGAAGGAAACUGUGUCUCCCUCACCAGGAUCCUUCGCACCUCCAAACUCAGUCUGAUCCAGUUCUUCUCUAAGAUGAGGAAGUGGGCCGACAUGUCCAACCUCUCACAGGACUUCAGGCUGCGCAUGGAGCGACUUGAGCGCAACUUUGAGGUUUCCACCGUGAUUUUCCGCAAGUUUGAGCCCAUCUUCAUGGACAUGUUUCAGAACCCGCAGGGAGGGGAACCGCCACGGCAACCGCGCAGCAGGAAGCACAGGCGACUCCCCUGUCACAUCAGUGAUGUGUUCAAGUUCUGCUGGACUCUGUUUGUCUACACAAAAGGUAACUUCCGUAUGAUCGGUGAUGACCUGGUGAACUCUUACCACCUGCUGCUCUGCUGUCUGGACUUGGUGUUUGGCAACGCUCUGCUCUGUGCCAACAGGAAGGACCUCAUCAACCCAACGUUCAGAGGUCUGCCUGCUCUGUACCGCGCUGACGGCCAUGUUUCACCAGACGAGCCUCCUCCAUGUGUGUUGGAGAGGUUGUGUGAGCUGCAUGACGGGCUGGUGGUGGAGGCCAAAGGCAUCAAACAGCACUACUUUAAACCCUACAUACAGAAACUGCUGCAGAAACAGAUCCUGAAAGGAAACGAGGAGCAUUUGACAGAACUGCUGGAUCCUCAGAACUUCAUUGAUAACAAUAAAGCCAUAAACAGGGAGUAUGAGGAGUACGUGUUGACGGUGGGAGAUUUUGAUGAGCGAGUGUUUCUGGGAGCCGAUGCCGAUGAGGAAAUCGGGACCCCGAGGAAGAUCAUUCAGGAACCGUCCGCCAGCCAGACGACCUCUCAAAACCAGCUGCAACAGCACGUAGAGAAGUCUGGCUCUCUCGCUCCCUCCACCCCUCUGACAGGACGGGUUUACCUGAAGGAGAAGGACCUGCUCGUCACGCCCGUCUCCUCGGCGACACAGAGUGUCAGCCGGCUGCAGAGCAUGGUGGCCGGUUUGCGGACGGCCCCCAGCGACCACCUGAUGCAGAUCUUCAGGUCAUGCUCCAGAGAUCCCACAGAGUCCAUACUGGCCCGAGUAAAGACACUGGGACAAACCUUCAAAGAGCAUUACACCAACGACUCGGAGGACAUGCCCGGCUCUCAUAUAGACUUUGCAGAGAACCGUCUGAAGCUGGCUGAGAUCCUCUACUACAAGAUCCUGGAGAACGUCAUAGUUCAGGAGACCAAGCGGCUGCACGGCAAAGACAUGAGCGUGCUGUUAGAGCAGGACAUCUUUCACUGUUCCCUGAUGGCGUGUUGUCUGGAGGUGGUGUUGUUCUCCUACAGCUCCCAAAGAACCUUUCCCUGGAUCAUCAACAUCUUCAAACUGGCCCCAUUCUACUUUUUUAAGGUGAUCGAGGUGUUUAUCCGCUCAGAGGAAGGCCUGUCCAGAGACAUGGUGAAGCAUCUGAACCUGAUCGAGGAGCAGGUUCUGGACAGUAAAGCGUGGAGCGCUGACUCUGCCCUGUGGAGCGCCCUGCAGGCUGCUGGGAACAAAGUGCCCACAGUGGAGGAGGUGAAUUUUUCCUCCAGUCUUGAUACGGGUUCUGGUGCUGCUCCUGGUUCUGUUUCUGGGUCGAGCAGCGGAGCACAGUCCCACCUGCCUCUGGUCGCGCUUUCCCCCAUCAUCCACCCCCGCAUCAGGGAGUUCAGAUCAGGUCUGGGCAGUGCACGCAAAGAUGUGCCUCCCUCUCCGUUGUCGGUCCAUGACCGGUACAGCUCCCCGGCAGCUGGCAGCGCUAAACGGCGUCUCUUUGGCGACGACCCUCCAACGUCAGGGGCGGCCCCCAGCGUGAGCCUGAUGUCGUCACCGGCCAAAAGGCUGACGUUCGGCUCAAGCAGCACCCUGAAGAUCGGAGCUCACGGCACCCAGGCCACCGUCCUGAGUAUCCCGCUGCAAGGUAUUAGUAACGACCGCACGAUUACACUGAUCCCGGUUCAGCCCCCUGACUCCUCGGGUACCAUCACCGCUCAGUUGCUGCUGACCGCCUCCCCGAGCCGCGCCGUCACCGCGCCCUCGACCUCCGACCCCCAGGCAGGAAGUGGCCGGCCGCGACGCACCGGAUCUCUCGCUCUGUUUUUCAGGAAGGUGUAUCACCUGGCCAGUGUUCGUCUGCGGGAUUUGUGUGUGAAGCUGGACAUCUCGUUGGAGCUGCGGGGGAAGAUCUGGACGUGUUUUGAGCACAUUCUGGUCCACUGCACUGAUCUGAUGCGGGGCAGACACCUCGACCAGCUGCUGUUGUGUAGCGUUUACAUUAUAUCCAAAAUCACCAAAGAGAGUCACACCUUCCACGACAUCAUGAAGUGUUACCGCAGCCAACCACAGGCCAGCAGCCAUGUUUAUCGCAGCGUCUUGCUGCGUCACACUCCCAGAGAGCAGGUGGCCGAUGAAAACAUGGAGGUGGAUCCUGCUUCAGGAGGCGAAUCUGCAGAGAAAACCAAUCAGGCCUCGGGAGAUGCAAAUUCCAGCCAAUCAGGGGAGGAGGAGCGUGGUGACCUCAUCCAGUUCUACAACAGUGUAUUUGUCCUGAAGAUUAAAAGCUUUGCUCUACGAUACGCCAACCACGAUAACCGGGUGGACGCUCCUCCCCUCUCUCCGUUCCCGUCGGUUCGGGCUCAGCCUCUCUCUCCUCGCCGUGUUUCCCAGAGACACUCGCUGUACGUCUCCCCGCACAAGAACUCUGCAGGCUGCCUCACACCGAACUCCUACACCUACAGGAUCAACAGCAGCCCAUCCAAGGAGCUAUCGGACAUCAACCGGAUGAUCCGGCAGGGCUGCGUGAGCAGGAAGAGGGCCUUCACCAUGGAGGGGGACGUGAUGAUGUCAUCAGCGUGCGACUCUCCCAGCAAGAGGGCGUGUCCAGAGAACGGCAGCAGUCCAGAUGUGCUGCUGAAGCGCCUGCAGGACGUCGUGUCGGAGCGGCAGAGUCACUGAUGGACCGGCAGAUUCAUUACAGAACUGUUCCAGUUAUUGGAGAGAAAUGAUGAAACUACACAGGAAGAGUCUUUUUAAUUUUGACCUAUAUAUACUAUGACCUGAGGGUCAUAGAACCAGUGCAGCAAAGAAUGGCACAGUUCAUGCCAUUUGGUUUUAUGCAAAGCAUCUUGUAAUUCCUCUUCACAAACACAAACGUCUGGAUUUGAUACCAGUAAUAACAUCUAAAAUAUGAGAGUUGAGCCACAUCAGGAAUCAGAUCAAUCACUUCUCUUCGCUCUGUCGUUCUGCGAAGUCGCUCAGGUAUCUGCAGUCACUGUUGCUCUGGCCGUAACGUCUCUUUAAACCCACACAGUGUGAGCCCGAAACGCACCUGAGCACACCUAUAGUGCUGUUACACUGUUGUGCCACAGCUGCUAGAUGGCAGCACAGGCAGGUUUUUCAGGAUGUGGAGUCACUUUUUAAAGGGAAACGUGAAGGAGAGUUUAACAAUUUAUUUAUCUUUUAGAAACACAGUACCUAAACAUUCAGAUCACCAUAUUGUCCUGAUUGUAAGAUGACACCCUCUUUUCCAACACCUGUUGUUAGGAAAAUACUUUUUGAAGAUAGGAAAGUUUUCUCGAGGCACUGAUAGCCAUUAGCAGAGAGACCUCCUCCUGGACACCUUUUCUCUUGUACGAGUGAAACGUGAAAGACUUCACCACAGCAGAACGUGAACCUCUCAGCCCUGAAGUUUGUCUCACACUCACUCUCUGCUGUCAGACUCACGUUUUUUUUCUCUGGCUGUUAGAUUUUUCCACUUUUGGACGUUUGACACAUUAUUCAUUCUCAUCUUUCUGCAGCACAGACGUCAGGAGACAUCUUCGUGUUUUGUUUUGUGUCAGAUUGUUUCUUCUGUGGCAGUGAAACACUUUGCAGACGCUUCCAGAAAAGUUCGUUGGCUGAACUGAACAAACUGAACACUUUUAGACGUAAGUGACAGACACACCGGAAACAGACUUCAGGAAACUCGCUAGCCUAGCAACAUGAAGGCUACAAACAGCCCAUAAUUCAACCCUCUGUAGGAGCUGUUGUGACAGCUGUACUCCAUAUAUGUAAAUUACAUAAAUGUCUAGUCCUCUCAUGUAAUACGACUCCACUUUUCAGAUAUCAGGGAUUAAAUAACCGGAACAUUUUAGCUAAAACAAAAUAUAUUUGGAAAAAAAAUUCAAGCGUUGAACUCGAAACUCGUGUAAAUAGUUUUUUUCUUUUUUUUUUUAAAAGCAGGAUCUGACAAAUCAAGCUCUACGUCCUUGUACGUCGUCUAGUAUUAAACACGUCUUCCACCACAAGCUAUUUAGUUCUACUGUUUCCUUUCAUCUUUCCUUUUUUAUGGUUAUGAACCAUUUCAUGUUGUAUAAUGUUGUAAUAAUAGACUGAAUGCUAACAGCAUGGACGGCGUGGGUGUGUAGUAUCUACACUUCAUUUUUUAUGGAAUUUAACGAUCUGUGACUUUUAACAGUUUUAUUUCUGCGGUUUUGUUCGUACCUGGUUUGCAUUGUCAGAGCAGACGGAGAAAAAUGAACCACUUGUAGGAAAAUGCAAUUAAAAGUGUGGAUUUUUCUCCCAGACAACAUAAAAAUACUAUGAUGGAUGGAAAUCUGUAAGCAGGGAGCAGGUGUGUUUCUGCCUCUGUGUGUUUGUGCUGUCCACUACGAGGACAUUUGUAUUUUCUACAGACAGUCAAAGGUUUUGUACAAUAAAACUGACUCUGAGCACUCUGUGUUCAUUCAUUCGA